GAAUGUAAUCCAUUUUUUAGGUUUGGAAGAUCAGCUUCUUGGUCGAGUAAUCCUCAUGGAAAAAUCUGAUCUAGAAGCUGAGCGGGUAGCACUUUUCGAAUCCGUGAUGCAAAAUCAACGACGUAUGAAAGAACUAGAAACUAACUUGUUGAGUAGGCUUAAUUCAACCCAAGGAUCUUUGGUUGAUGAUGAAGAGUUGAUUAACGUAUUACAAGUAACGAAAACUACAGCGGAAGAAGUUACACAGAAAUUAACCGUUUCAGUGACUACGGAGAAGAAAAUCAACAUAGCUAGGGAAGAAUUUAGAGCAGUCGCAGCCAGAGGAUCCAUUUUGUAUUUUCUUAUUGUGGAAAUGAGCAAUGUAAAUGUAAUGUAUCAAAAUUCUUUAAAACAAUUUUUGAUACUAUUUGACAAUUCUAUUACAAAGUCUGAAAAAAGUAAUAUUACUUCAGACAGGAUUAAUAUUAUUUUAAAAUAUUUGACUCACGAGGUUUGGAUUUUUACUCAAAGAAGUUUAUACGAACGACACAAAGCUUUGUUUACACUCAUGAUGGCAAUGAAAAUAGAUUUGCACGAAGGUACGAUAAAGCAUGAGGAAUUUAUGGCUUUUAUUAAGGGUGGAGCUUCUCUUGAUCUAAAUGCAGUUACUCCUAAGCCUUUUAAAUGGGUUCUGGAUAUAACGUGGCUGAAUCUUAUUGAAACAAAUGAAAAAGAAUGGCGCAUGUGGUAUGAAAAAGAAAAACCGGAAGAAGAAGAUAUUCCUUGUGGAUAUCAAAAAAGUCUUGACGUUUUCAGAAAGCUACUAUUGAUAAGAUCGUGGAGCCCAGAUAGGACUCUGUCUCAAGCCAGGAAGUAUAUUAUGGAUUCUCUAGGGCCCGAAUAUGGAGAGCCAUGCAUACUUGAUCUGGAGGUUACCUGGAGUGAAUCGGAACCUAGAAGUCCAUUAAUAUGUAUCUUGUCCAUAGGGUCAGAUCCUUCUCCGCAGAUAUCAGCAUUAGCUAAAUCCAAGGAUAUACGUAAGAUAAUUCAGAAUAACUAA